AUGCUGGUCCGUUCGAGUGAUAAGGAUCAGCGAGGCGCCGAAGCGAGUAUGGCUAACUCGACAGAUGUCUUGACCGACAGCAAAACGUUGCCGAACAACGGAACAACGACGCGAACCAUCUCACGCGCCAAGAAGUGCGUGACCGCUCACGAACGAUUGACCAAAGGCCCUCGCUGGACGACGGCUCACGACUCAAGUGGCCAACAGAUCUCACAAAGUCACAGAAGCAACAAUUCUGGAUCUGGCUCAACAGUCAAUGGGCAACAGCGGUCGAAAAGGACGUUCACUGGAAACUGAUCUUCGGGGCGACGCCGACAUGCGUUCUGCAACAUCACCAUGGUCACGCUGCAUCUGAUGGGUGUCCACAGUGCGGCCAACGAGACACCUUCAUGCACUUCUACUUUGAAUGUGACCAUUCACGUGAGUUCUGGCGCCUGACCUUGCAGCUGCUGAGGGUUGCGCUUGGCCAGGCAGGUGACUUCCAACCUGGCGAAGUCGACUCUCCUCAGAUCAUGCUUGGCCUUCCUCGGGUGCGUGGCGAAAGUCGUGACUCUCGGACCUACAUCGUCGUUCGGGUCGUUCUUGCGAUUGCUUUCAACAAGCUCUACCUUGCUCGAUGGCAUCAGCACAAGGAUCAAAUUCCCCUACCGACCCCGUACUUUCUUACUCGCGAAGUCCGCUCGCAUCUCAAAUUCCGACUUCGACGUCUGCCAGACGGCGAGCUUCUGGACCAGAUGAUGUGACUUGACGUUUUCAUGAGUACGGAGUUUCUGAGUUUUCUCUCCUGAUUUUCCUCCCCUCUCCUCUCUCUCUUUCUCGAUUGUGCCUAUUCUUUAACACCGUGGAAUAGGAAGGGUGGUUGGUGCUCACAUGAUUGGAAUCACACUUUUGGUGGUUUCAGGAGUGUGGGGGCUGCAUGGAUCUAGUGGCUAUAACUUUACAUAA